AGUAAUUAUUUUAUUUUUCAAGUAAAUCAACGUCAUUGUAUAGAUGUUUAAACAUAAGAUAACAAUUCGAAAUUAUUAGUUUUCUUAGUUGGUAAACAAUAAUCAUAUAAAAGGUGGCAAGAUUUCGAACAGCGAUGUAGAAAUAAUAAAUAUCCCGAUAAGCAGAUUGUUCAAGCAUGUCCCGAAGAUUAUCCGGAAAUUAUCCAGACACAAAUACACCCAUGUUAGAAACACCUGUACGACAAUUCAAGCAAGUGGUAGCCGUGACUUCAGUUUCCCUUGGUACUUUUUGCGCUGGGACGGUUCUUUCGUGGACGUCACCGGCGCUAAGUCACAUCGAGAUACUACCGAAUGCGACCGAACCUAUUUCAUCGUCUUCCCCGCCAAAUUUUACGGUUAACUCCAAGGAGGCGGCCGUUAUAGCGUCUACGCUUACUAUCGGAGCUCUCGUAUCCGCCAUACCCACCGGAUACUUUGCGGAUAAAGUGGGUAGAAAAAUUACAGUGAUCGCUUUAGCUGCAGCGUUUUUUGUCAAUUGGUGUUUGAUCGGUUUCGCCAACAAUUUCACUAUUGUGGUCGCAGCUAGAUUUUUUGCCGGUAUUGGUUUGGGAGGAAUAUGCGUAGUGGCGCCGAUGUACAUAGGAGAAAUAACUCACGCUUCCUACAGAGGUCUGUUCGGUUCGCUCCUUCAGCUAUUUCUAUCCGGCGGUAUCCUUUUCACUUGCCUAGUCGGUAAUUUCGUCAACUGGACGUACCUGAGCGUUAUCCUGGCGAUAGUUCCAGUUUUGCUCGGUGCAACGUUCGCUUUUAUGCCCGAAUCUCCCGUUUAUCUACUUAGCAAAAACAAGAGGAAUCGAGCCGAGAAGAAUCUGCAAGAGCUACGCGGUCCUUUUUACGAUAUUUCCGAUGAAAUAAACGGUAUGGAACAGGAGUUGAUGGAGCACGCGAAAAACGCGGGAAUUAUUGAAGUUGUUACUAAUAGAGCCCAUAUAAGAGCGGUAGUUUCAGCGGUGGGGGUAUUGGCGUUUCAACAAUUAUGCGGAAUCAACGCUAUAGUAUUUUAUACGUUGAGUAUAUUCCAAGCGGCGGGUACGGACGUUUCGCCCUUCUUAUCCGCCGUCAUCAUCGAUCUUACGCAAUUUUUGUGUUCGUUUAUACCGAUUGUCGUAACGGAAAAAGCGAAUAGGAAAUUUUUUUUGAUGUUAUCCUCGAUCGGUAUGAUGAUUUGUUUGACGGGACUAGGGAUGUUCUUCCAUUUGAAAAUUAUUUUAAGCGACGCCUCCUUUUUGGCGUUCAUACCGUUAAGUAGUUUGGUAUUGUUUAUGGUGUCGUUUUGUAUGGGUUACGGACCGGUACCGUGGAUGUUGUUGAGCGAACUUUUCGCUCCGGAAAUCAAAGGAAUCGCCAGCGGAUUCGCCAUUUUGUGUAAUUGGAUGUGCGCCUUUCUCGUUACGUUUUCCUUUCCGAUAUCGAACGCCGCUUUCGGUAGUCACGUGACUUUUUAUAUUUUGGGGUGCGUCAUGGGUAUAGCGACGUUGUUCGUUCAUUUCGUUGUACCAGAAACUAGGGGUAAGACUCUAGCGCAGAUUCAAGACGAAAUGAAUCGAUAACUUUUUUCAGACUGAUUUAUUUUUAAUAUUUAUUGUACCGUUUUUAAUAAAACAUUUCAGAAA